CUUUGUUUGUGUGUGUAAAAGCAACGGGACGUACCGAGGAAAUCCUCCGUGGCUAACGAUAGCAAGGUACACAAAUAGGGAUUUAAUUCACUCUGGCUCUUCGCUGACACUCUGGUGGGCUGCAGGAGGACAUAAGAAUUAAAAACAUACUAUUGGAUAAACCAACCUCCACGGGUUUCCCGCUACAUUCCCACCGAGGCGAGCGGAGAAGAACGAGAGACUCCCGCUAAUCCCGAGAAGAGGGUGACGUGGCCUGCUUUUCUAGCCGCUUUCCGGUGCACCUCGGGCGGCCAGCACUGUUACUCGAGCCCGGUGCUUCUGCUGGUUCUUUUUUAUUUACCCCAACAAGAAGCGUCGGAGGUUUAAAACUAUUUUUGUUUCAAUAACCAGGUUGUAGUUGAUUUAUACCCACGUCUACGUGCUGCUGUGGGUAUUUCUCGCACCAAAAGGAGCAUUUUAAAGCCGGUGCGGCCUGUUUUUGUUGUUUUUUUCGAGCCGCCUUCACAACUCCUCCGGAACAAUAACACAACCAUAACGAGCCUGAUGGGGCUGCACGGCGGAGCCUCAGGGCGAGAUAAUAACGCGUGCAUUGUGUGACACACCGCCUCUGGACCGACGUGAAGCAUGCACGUGGACUAUGGAAGUACCACCACUUUGUCACGAAAGACCCGGUUUGAAUGUCGGAGUUUCUGCUGGUUUUUUAAGUAAGGGUUGUAUGGGAACCGAGCCGAACCGAGCCGGAUGAACCAACAGGUGGAUUGGAUGUGUUUGGGGAUGAAUAACCUCGAUUGCUCCACGCGCAGGCUGCUGUAUAUGUUAAAUUUACGCACGUGGAACAUCUCCAUCUAAUGCGCUCGUCAAAGCCACCAGACUCCAUUGAUAAAAACAGUGAUUUUACGGAACACGGGGGGAGUCACCGGCCCACCGCUGCUCAGUUUGUUUUGUUGUGUGUUGUGUGUUGACUUUGCGGAGAUGAACCCGGUGAACGCGACGUCCCUCUACGUGUCCGCGAGCCGCUCGGUGCUGCAGUGCGACCCGCGAGACCCCCGGAGCCUCGCGGAGCUCUGCAAGCUGCUGCCGUUCUUCCGCCAGUCGGUGUCCUGCUUGGUCUGCGGUAACCUGCUGCAGGACCCCAUCGCUCCCACCGACUCGUCAUGCCAGCACUACGUCUGUCGAGGCUGUAAGGGUCAGAGGAUGCAGCUGAAGCCGUCCUGCAGUUGGUGUAAGGACUAUUCCCGCUUUGAGGAGAACAGGCAGCUCUCCCUGCUUGUCCACUGUUACAGGAAGCUGUGUCUCUACAUCACCCAGUCGCCGCUCGCCCCGCACAUAGCCAGCGCCGCCGGAGACUCGCCGGAGCUCCAGGCCGUCCUCAACGAGGGCCUCACGUUGGCUGAGAGCGAGCCAGAGGCUGAGGACGUUCCGGACUCGGCCUGCGCUCUGCAGGCGGCCUCCACCUCAGACGUGGUCCAACCCGACGAAGCUCCGCCCACGAAGGAGAUGAAGGUGGAGGAGCCGAGCCCCGUCGGCAUAAAUGGGCUGCACGAUUGUAACGGCCUGCUCAGUUCGGACGCUCUGCAACACAUCACCGUAGAAACAGGUGGAGGUGUCGCCAAGCAGGAGAGCUUUUCGGAGGAGGUCCCGGUGUGUGUGAGCGCCACGGGGACAGGGGAGGCGGGGCUUUGUGACAUCGGCUCUUUCGGGGAUGACUUGAAACAUGGCGGGGGUCCGUUGUUGUUGAGCGUUGAGGAGGUGCUCAGGACUCUGGAGACGGACGCGGACCCUGAUCCCACCCCCCAGCUCAACGGACCUCACUGUCUCCCCGACUCCUCCCGCCUCUUCCCCUCCCUCCCCCGAGGGAACAGCCCUCGCCCCCUCCAGCCUCACCCGCAGCCCUCCACGCUCGUCCCCCACGCCCCCCCUCGGUACCACCGCAAGCGCUCCCGCUCAGAGAGCGACAGCGAGAAGCUGCAGCCCCUCCCCAUCUCCACCCUCUUGCGAGGGCCCCCCCUCGGUGCCAACAGCUCCCCCCACCACCCUAACCCCGGGGUCACCACCAAGCAGGAGCCUAAGUUCUCUUCAGCCACGCCCCACCCACACCUGGCCCCGGUGCCCAACGGCAGCCCCCCCAAGGUGGGCAAGACUGUGCUCGUCUCCAACAAGGCGCUGAAAAAGACUGUGGAGCUCCACGGGGGCCCCAAGAAGGCGUACACCAAGGCCCGGCAAGGGGCCCCCAAGCCCCGCACGCAACCCCGAGACAGAAUGCCCCCACACCCCCACGCUCACCCCAUGACGCACCCACCCAGCCCCUCGAAGCCGCUGUACAAGAAGCCUGUGGAGAAGAAGGGCUGCAAGUGCGGCCGAGCCACACAGAACCCGUCGGUAUUGACCUGCAGGGGGCAGCGCUGCCCCUGCUACUCCAACCGCAAGGCGUGUCUGGACUGUAUCUGCCGCGGCUGCCAGAACUCCUACAUGGCCAACGGCGAGAAGAAGCUAGAGGCCUUCGCCGUGCCGGAGAAAGCUCUGGAACAGACUCGCCUCACGCUGGGCAUCAACCUCACCAGCAUCGCCGCGGCGGCCCUCCGUAACCCGGCAACCAGCUCCCCCGGCAACACCCUUCUCAACGUCACCACGGCUACGGGGGCGCCCGUCACGGCCGCCUUCCUGUCGGGGGCGGGGCACGACAGCAGGGGCUUCGACGACUCACUGGAGAUGAGGUUCGACUGCUGAGGUCUCGCCUCCGGUCAGUCGUUAACGCACAUUCCCCCGACAGCGGGGCGUUCUCCAUCGUGGCGUUCUCCAUCGUGGCGUUCUCCA